GGGGGUAGGGGCUGGGGGAAGUGAUUAGUCACUGAAGGCUAGCGAACAAUUCCCAGAAAGAGACGGAGAGAGAGGGAAGAAAAAGACAGACAGACAGAUACUGGGGGGGAGGAGAAAAAAGGAGAAGAGAGGGAAGAGAAGAGAGGACAGCGGAGAGAGAGCACCAGAGAGAGAGCGCGUGCUAGAGAGAGAGAGCGAGCAUGUGCGAUGAGCAAUAGCUGUGGACCUUACAGUUGCUGCUAACUGCCCUGGUGUGUGUGAGGGAGAGAGAGGGAGGGAGGGAGAGAGAGCGCGCUAGCGCGAGAGAGCGAGUGAGCAAGCGAGCAGAAAAGAGGUGGAGAGGGGGGGAAUAAGAAAGAGAGAGAAGGAAAGGAGAGAAGGCAGGAAGAAGGCAAGGGACGAGACAACCAUGCUGUGCUGUAUGAGAAGAACCAAACAGGUUGAAAAAAAUGAUGAGGACCAAAAGAUUGAACAAGAUGGUAUCAAACCAGAAGAUAAAGCUCAUAAGGCCGCGACCAAAAUUCAGGCUAGCUUCCGUGGACACAUAACGAGGAAAAAGCUCAAAGGAGAGAAGAAGGAUGAUGCUCAAGCUGCUGAGGCUGAAGCCAAUAAGAAGGAUGAAGCCCCUGUUGCCGAUGGGGUGGAGAAGAAGGGAGAAGGCACCACUGCUACCGAAGCAGCCCCAGCCACUGGCUCCAAGCCUGAUGAACCCGGCAAAGCAGGAGAAACUCCUUCCGAGGAGAAGAAGGGAGAGGGUGAUGCUGCCACAGAGCAGGCAGCCCCUCAGGCUCCUGCAUCCUCAGAGGAGAAGGCCGGCUCAGCUGAGACAGAAAGUGCCACUAAAGCUUCCACUGAUAACUCGCCGUCCUCCAAGGCCGAAGAUGCCCCAGCCAAGGAGGAGCCUAAACAAGCCGAUGUGCCUGCUGCUGUCACUGCUGCUGCUGCCACCACCCCUGCUGCAGAGGAUGCUGCUGCCAAGGCAACAGCCCAGCCUCCAACGGAGACUGGGGAGAGCAGCCAAGCCGAAGAGAACAUAGAAGCUGUAGAUGAAACCAAACCUAAGGAAAGUGCCCGGCAGGAUGAGGGUAAAGAAGAGGAACCCGAGGCUGACCAAGAACAUGCCUGAACUCUAAGAAAUGGCUUUCCACAUCCCCACCCUCCCCUCUCCUGAGCCUGUCUCUCCCUACCCUCUUCUCAGCUCCACUCUGAAGUCCCCUCCUGUCCUGCUCACGUCUGUGAGUCUGUCCUUUCCCACCCACUAGCCCUCUUUCUCUCUGUGUGGCAAACAUUUAAAAAAAAAAAAAAAAAAAAAAAAAGCAGGAAAGAUCCCAAGUCAAACAGUGUGGCUUAAACAUUUUUUGUUUCUUGGUGUUGUUAUGGCGAGUUUUUGGUAAUGAUGAUUCAAUCAUUUUGGGAAAUUCUUGCACUGUAUCCAAGUUAUUUGAUCUGGUGCGUGUGGCCCUGUGGGAGUCCACUUUCCUCUCUAUCUCUCUCUCUGUUCCAAGUGUGUGUGCAAUGUUCCGUUCAUCUGAGGAGUCCAAAAUAUCGAGUGAAUUCAAAACCAUUUUUGUUUUCCUCCUUUUCAAUGUGAUGGAAUGAACAAAAAGGAAAAAAUUCAAAAAACCCAGUUUGUUUUAAAAAUAAAUAAAUAAAGCAAAUGUGCCAAUUAGCGUAAACUUGCGGCUCUAAGGCUCCUUUUUCAACCUGAAUAUUAAUAAAUCAUGAGAGUAAUCAA